AUGAAUGCACAAGAUGAGAUCGAAUCGAUACAGUUGCACGACGUUCACCUCUCUAAUCGUCUCCAUUUGAAAUUAAAAAUUCUUCCGAAAUAUGAAGAUGUUUUACCUGAUCAAAUGUUGGACAAUUUAUUUUCAAAUCAUGAUGAUCAAUUCAAAGAUGAAAAAGUCAAGAAAAUUGUUAAUUUAGGGGGAAAAGCUUGUUUUCUUUAUUAUUAUGGUCAAUUUGAAAAGAUUGGAGUGAUUUUUAUUGGAUAUAUGGAUGGUUCUAUUGAGAUGGUUUCAAUGCUUAAAACACAAGAGGAAAGAGAAGAUGUACAAUCUCAACAACCUAAGAGAUUUUCUUUUGUAGAUAAAUCAAGGAAGAGACAGCGUUGUCAUCAAGCACAAAUUACUGGAAUUUUGUGUUUUUCUGUAGUGAGUGGAAUGUCACUAUUAAUGACAUCAUGUGCAGAUGGAUUUGUAAAGUUUUGGUUUCUUGAUACUGAUAAGGUUGAUGAUGAGAUACAACCAUGUUUGAAAUUAUUUGACAUUGGACAUGAAUAUAAUUUGGAAUCAAGUGUUGUAUCUUUGAAAUUUGUUUACAAUGAGGUUUAUUAUUCAAGUUGUGCAACGAAGGAAGAUUUUUCUCUUUGGAGAGUCUUUCAUGUAGUAGCUGUUUGUAGGAAUGGAAAUAUUUAUAGAUGGGAUCCAGCAUUGAUUCCUAAAGUUAUCAUGACAGAAGUUUCUCGAUAUGAGGUGCAAAAUAUAUUCACACUCUUAACAGAGGAAUAUGUUGAAUCACCAGAAUUAAUUAGUGAAAUUAAGGGCGGUAAUGUGGAGGUUGUUUGUGCUACCUUAUCUCAGAAAAUUACAACAACUGCGCAAGCAUAUAUUGUUUGUGGUCUGUCAAACGGGAUGAUAGUAUCUGUAUCAUUGUCAUUUAAAGAUCCAGAUGAGGAGAGUAAAACUAUUGAGGAGGAUUACAGAUUGACUAAUAUAUCAUUCAUUUCUGACACUUUUUUACAAAGCAAUCCACCAACAAAAAUAGUUGAAAUCUAUCCAUUCUCUCCUAACAACGGCUUUCAUAUUCUCUCCCGUAACAAGGUCUUUAAUUUUAAUCCAAAAUCUAAGGGUAUUUUUCUAUAUUUUAGAGAAGACAAUUCAGAUUUAAUUACAAUUUGUGAAUAUUUAUACUUUACAAAUGGAAGAGAGCUUGGAGAGAAUGUCACCAUCCCAGUUGACUAUGUUUCACAACAAUUUACUGUUAGAGAUUUGUGUUGGAUUGCCAGAGGUAGUUUAAUGUGUGUGAGCAGUGAAGAAGGUAAUUUACUACUCUACCAUAAGGAGCAAGAAAAUUGGUACGAGCUGGUUUGUUUAGAACAUACUCUUCUGAAAUAUACCUCAUUUUCAAUAAUCAAUCAUUGUGCUCUGAGUGAUGUGUUUAUUAUUGCACAGAAUUGA